AUGGGUGCACAAUAUUCAUCAUUAAAUGAAUUAAAAUCUAAUCAAUAUUUAUCACAAUUUGUUAGCGAAGAGACUAUAUCAGCAAAUGAUCCAUUUUGGAAUCAAUUUCUUUCAUUUCGACUUCAAUCUCCGUUUACUACUGCUCAUUCAAAAUUGAUCGAUGAAUCCUGUUCAAUAUUUCUUCAACAAUUUGAAGCUAAUAAUCCUAAAACAAAUAAUUAUGGAACACUUAUUGAAGUUUUUAUUCGCUUAGCAACUGCUGUUCGUGAUGAAUGUGAUGAUAAUAUUGUUACAUGGCAAACGUAUAGUGCUCUAUUCAUUCUUCGUUCUAUAUCAAAAUAUUUUAUUGAAAUUGAUUCAGAACAAAAUUUGUAUCCAUAUUUUUUACCACAAGACAAUCCAAAUAGAGUCUCAUUAAUGAGUUAUUUUGUUGAUACAUUAUUUCGAACGACAAUUGCUAUACCAGUUCAAUCAUAUUCAUAUGCAUUACAUUUGGAAGUUUUGAAUACUUUACUGUCAUUAUUAUCUAUUCAAAUGUGUGCGAAAGAAGCAGCACUCAUCAAUGCAAUUUAUAGUAUUUUUAUGCAUCGGCUUGAUCCGUUAUUAAUAUCGGAAUUUACACGAACAUUAUUAGAACAUUUUAUUAAACAAACCGAAUGUCCGCCAACAUUAGCUGUUGCUCCCUUAAGUGGAUCGGAUGGUGAUAGUGGAGCUUUAUAUAAAAUUGGACAAAGUGUUGCAUAUGGCCUAUGGUCUGUAGUCACGCUUGGUAUGGGUUCAUCGUCGACAUCGAAUACAACGGAUGAAACAGUAACUGCCGAUGAUCCAGCCUAUGAACUUCGUAAUCGUCAUUUAGCAAACCAAAGUAUACAUUUACUUUUAAUUCUAAGUAAUCAUUUUACUAAUGAUGCUCAUCGAAAUCCUUAUCGAUUGGCUUUAUUACAUUUUACUGAUACACAAGGCAAUCCAACAAAUUUACCGGAUUCUGAACCAUUACCUUGGUUUUCUGUCGAUUAUCGUCGUUUAUAUGAUAUUCUCUGUGAAACAGCACAUACAGAUCAGAGUACAUUGCUACUCUAUAUGUUACUGCAUCGAAAUCAACAUUUUAAAGCUUAUGUUAUAUCUCGAACGAAUAUCGACCAGAUUGUCCUACCGGUUCUUCGAGUCAUUUAUGCAGCUACCGAACGAAAUUCACAUCAUAUUUACAUGUCAUUAAUUAUUCUGCUGAUUUUAUCUGAAGAUGAUUAUUUUAAUAAAACAAUACAUGACAUAAAAUUGAAAAGUUUGUCAUGGUAUACCGAACGUUCAUUGAGUGAAAUAAGUUUAGGUGGCUUACUUGUUGCUGUUGUUCUACGUACAAUACAAUUUAAUAUGACACGUAUGCGUGAUAAAUAUUUGCAUACGAAUUGCCUUGCUGCAUUAGCAAAUAUGUCAUCACAAUUUCAAAAUUUGCAUACAUAUGUUUCACAACGAAUUGUUUCUUUAUUUAAUUUACUUGCACGUAAACAUACGAAAACAUUAGAUCUUAUUAAACAACAAACAUCAACAACAGAUGAAAGUGUAUCUAAUGAAUAUGCACAAGAUUUAAGUAUUAUUGAAGAUGUUAUGAGAAUGGUUUUAGAAAUAAUUAAUUCUUGUUUAACACAUACGUUACAACAUAAUAUUAAUCUUAUUUAUACAUUACUUUAUAACAGAGAUAUAUUCGAUAAUUAUAGAACACAUCCUAAUUUUCAAGAUAUUUUACAAAAUAUUGAUAUUGUUAUAAUAUAUUUUGCUGACAAAGUAGAUAAACUUGAACAACGUUCAGCUGAAUAUGUGAAAGAAGCUUUAGAAAUGGGUGCAAAACAGUUUCCAUUGGAUAGAUUAAAAAAAUUUCCGGAAUUAAAAUUCAAAUAUGUUGAAGAAGAACAACCUGAAGAUUUUUUUGUACCAUAUGUAUGGACAUUAGUUUACAAAUCUUGCAAUCUAUAUUGGUCAUCGGAAUCAAUUCUUAUCUUUAAACAACAACCAUCAUUAAUUUCACAGUGA